UCGAGCCCAAGAAACAAACACAUCCAACUCCUGCAGCGGGAAACAACCUGUUCACCGCUCCCACAUUCCUGCAGCGGCCAUGACGUCACGAAGCCUUCCUCAAACAUCCCUGACAUUCCGAAUCCGACAUCAGACCCUCAUCAUCCUCCGGACUGAGCUCCAGACUCCCGACGCGUCUCACAGCGGCUCAGAACCAGCAUGAUGUUGGGAAUCUACCUGCUAAUGACAGUAGUUGCCUGUGUUGUUUCUCAAGAGGCAGAAGAGCCUGUGUCAUAUACGUGCACAGAAGGCUAUGAAUAUGAUCCCAUUAAAGAGGUAUGCAAAGACAUUGACGAGUGUGUCCUUGUCUCUGACGCCUGCAAAGGGGGCAUGAAGUGCAUAAACCACUAUGGCGGUUACCUCUGCCUCCCUCAGAACGCCCAGAUUUUCGUCAGUAACGGGGACGAAUCAUCGCAGCCCACUGACCCUGUUCCCCAGAGCCCGCUGAACCCCACUAACCCACAGACCCGCUCAAACCACAGAGCUGGAGACACGCAGUGUUCGCCUGGAUUCACACGGGAUGAGCAGAACUUCUGUCAAGACGUAGACGAAUGCACUCGCGGCACACACACCUGCAGUGCAGAGCAGACCUGCUACAACACCAGAGGCUCCUACACCUGCCAGUGUCAUCCUGGAUACCAGAAACACGGAGAACAGUGUGUGGAUAGAAAUGAGUGUCUGCUGUCACACUACUGCAUGCACAGAUGUGUGAACACUGCUGGCUCUUACUACUGUGAAUGUAAUGAUGGCUACCAGCUCGCCAGCAACAACCACAGCUGUAUAGAUGUGAAUGAGUGUGAUCUGACUCAGCCGUGCCAACAUCAGUGUUUCAACCUGCUGGGCUCGUACAUCUGCCAGUGUGAUCAGGGUUAUGAACUCGCCCCGGAUUCAGUCUCUUGUGUGGACAUCGAUGAGUGCGCCUUCUCCAGCUACAUGUGCCAGUACGUGUGUAUGAACAGCCCGGGCGGAUAUUCCUGCACCUGCCCAGAGGGAUAUCAACUGCAGAGAACAAGAAUGUGUCAAGACAUCAACGAGUGUGAAACGGGCCAUGAGUGUAGGGAAGAUGAGAUGUGCUGGAACUAUUAUGGAGGCCAUCGCUGUUACCCUCAGAACCCGUGUCAGGAGCCGUACAUGCUGACAGCAGAAAACCGGUGUUCGUGCCAGUCUGCGGGUGCGUGUCGAGGCCUGCCGCAGUCUAUCGUUUACAAAUACAUGAGUCUUCAUUCAGAGCGCAGCGUACCGGCAGAUAUCUUUCAGAUUCAAGCCACAAACAUCUUCCCCAGCGCUCACUACACCUUCAGGAUUAAAGCUGGCAAUGAUGGAGGAGAGUUCUUCCUUAGGCGCUUCAGCAGCGUCGGUGCGAUGCUGGUCUUGACCAAGUCCCUGGAGGGUCCGCUGGAGCUGAUCGUGGAUCUGGAGAUGAUCACUCAACACACGCUGAUGAACUAUCGCUCCAGCUCUUUACUACGGCUCACCAUCGUCGUGGGACCCUACGCUUUCUAACACUUCCGCUGCUUCACACUUUUAUACAUAUCCGGACCGCUUGCAUUAAAGUCAGACAGCAAGAUGUUAUGCACUUUUAUCUCGCAGUCAUCAUAAAAUAAACAGACUCUUAUUCAGGGCUCCAGACUAUCACUAAAAUGGCUGCUGAUGUGCCCAUCAUUUAAAAUAUAACUGGUUAAAAUAAUAUUGGUUUUUUCACAUUAUAUCAUUGUCGUCUGGGGUCGAGUCGUAGAGGGGUCGUGAUCAGGAGAGAUUGAGGCUAAUAUUUAGUUCACUGCAUCUCCUUGAUCAACCACAGUCAACAGAGCUUUGAACAAACACAUACAAAUAAAUGAAGGAUGAGUGAUUGUUAGUCUCACACUCACACACACACACACACACACACACACUCUCUACAGCACGUUUACCAAAGGCAUCAUCUAAGGCUGUCUAUAUUAAUUUGGAUACAUUUGAAAACGGCAUUUUUGUUUCAAAACACUCCUCAUCCACACUGAAAACACAUAAAUCAUCUUACUGCGCAUGCGUGAAACAAUAAAAGCUGACUGAGAUGAUACUGAGAAAGCAGACGUAAGAAAUUUCUCACACUAUUCUUCUGGUACAAUCAUUAACUAAAUGUCUUACCACUUACUUUAUAAUGCGGAGGCUGUCAAGUCUUCCCUUUCUUUUUGACAAACUCUGAAAGGUCAAUUUGUUCAUAAUCAUUUUUUAGGUCUGGAGCCCUGCUAAUUUAAGAAACAGCACACACAUUUUUACAGUAUCGUAUCUUUAUUAAAUAUUCCUGCACAUGGUUGCACUUAUAAUUCAUUGAUGUGAAGGUUUACGUGACUGAAAGACUCUUUCUUCAACCACCCUCCACAACUUUUUUAAUAGAUAUAAAUGGUAAAAUUAUGGUCAUAUGUUAAAGCAGAAGUUUUAGAUCUUUUGAUUGAAUGUAUUGUAUUUUAUCAGUAAACAUGAUGUUCCUCCCACAUAUUAAACGUUUGCCACUCCUC